UUUUCCCCCACUCCUUUACAAUUGCAGAAGCUUUAAUCCUCCUACAAACGUCGCAAUUUAUAAUUAGUUUUGAAUCAAUCGCUCGUUCGAACAGUUCUGAGACAACGCAUCUCUCUCGGUAUAAACAAUGGUGUUGGGAUGGAUGGCGCUUAAGUCAGUUCUCAUGAUUGGGCGCUGUCGGCCAUCGGUAAAUUCUAAUCGCUUUAUGAACUCUCUCUACUCUCUGAUUCAUGUACGUUCGCUCAAGAAUAUAUGUUGUCUUUCAUUUAAUUGUAAAUCACUGUAAUCUGCGCCUUUAUUCAACCUUACACAUAUCCCAUCAGGUUAUGGGCCCAGGAAUUGGUAAGGAAACAAUAAUAGUAACACAGGGUUAACCGCAAUAAAAGAGUUGUUGUACGAUCGCAAAAACAGUGCCAAGCUAACCUUCAAGAUGGCACAGGAUAAUGUAAAAUUCCAUAUCCCUCUGUUAAAUGGAGGAAAUUACGUGUUUUGGAAAACUAAAGUACGGGCAAUACUGACACGAGACGAAUUGUGGUACGUCGUCAGUGAACCUAAGCCCGCGCAGCCCGACGAAGCAUGGAAAAAGCGCAACAACAAGGCCAUGGCGUGCAUAACGCUAAGCUAGAAGAUAAUCAGUUAAUACACUUUGCGCAUCUCGAAAACGCUUUCGACAUAUCGCAAGCGUUAUCUAAGAAGUACGAGCGUUCGACUUUUGGUAGCCGUUUAUAUCUCCGAAGAAAAUUGUACAGCAUUCACUACCGAGAUGGACCUAUGAGCAGCCACAUUGACGCGAUCAUGGAAGUAGUUGGACUACUGCGUGGUUCAGGAAAGCCUCUCGAAGACGAGGAAAUCGUCGCAGUUUUAUUGCACUUGAAGGGAGAAACGAGGCGGACCUAA